UAGAUUAUUUUGUCUUUAACGGUUGAGGUUUCCGUCGGACCUCCGGAAGUAAACUGGUGACAAUGCGGCUUUAAGCAGAACGAACUCUCUUAAACUAAGUGUGUCAUAGUGUGCGCUGUACUAGGUAUCUUUUAUGGCUAUAUUUAACCAUCAAUUUGCCGUACUUCUAUUUUUUGUCACAUAUUGGUCGCAUUUGGACCUAUUGCUUUCUUUGGCAUAAAAAUAAAAAUAAUUAAGCAUACUAUUCCGUUUUACUUAUCUUUCUAUACAAUCUGAAUUUGCGUAUCUCUAGUUUUUAUAUAAGAACUUUCAGCCAGAAAUUGUCUCAAAAUAAACACACCUAGCAUCAGGAACUCUUCUUUUCUACACUUCUCACACGAAUGUUACUUUAGCCCCAGGCCCACUCUUAUGAAAAGAGCACAAAAACAACAAAAGAGAAUAGCAUUGUAAUAUUUCUGUAUCCUUUUUAGAUUGGUCUAAACAUUCUGUUUCCAACAGUAUAUUCUAUUCCUUUAACUUAAUCAAUCUAUUUAAGGUGGAUGUUUAUAACCUACGUCAUCAGAUUAAUUAAAUAAUAACUAGUCUACAAGGAGGAUUAUCUCCCUCCUGUAAGUAGAGGUUGAAGUUAACGCGGUUGAAGUUGCGCUAUGGAUACGAAGCGAAGAAAUGUUCAACAGCAAAUACCUUUGUGAUUGUUUACUUGGAUAAUUGUCGAGGAAGUAUUCCGUAUCGGUAACUGCCUCUGAUAACCAAACCAAAUUCAGUAUUCUGGGCAUUUAGUUUUUCGUGCUCUUAACAACAUUUCUCAAAUGCAUAAAGACUUGGGAUUAAAAGGAAAUGUCCGAAGGCUUUCCUUGAGUGGGCUUAAUACGGCUAUGGAAUGCUUUACUCACUGUUAAUUGAUAUUGUAUAAAACUUGUUGUUAUUCGUCGACUCUUUAGAGUCUCAGAGCUACCCUAAAGGAUGUGGACACCGUGUUUCAAAUCUACAAAACAAUUUUACCUCGAGCAAUUUUACCUCGAUCUAAAGGAUACGUACCGAAUCGAAAAGAGGCAGCCUACUCUGGCGCCGCCGUGGUGUGUUUUCUACAAUUUGCUCACGAGUCCUCGCUAAGCUUAAAAGUAAAGGAUCGAAAAACGAACCACGCCAACUCCAACAUUAUCGCAUUUGCCUCGAUAAAGCUCCAGCGAAAAAUCAAUUACUAAAAGGGUAGAAAUUGUCACAAACUCGGAAGAACCCUAGACAAGUCUCCUGGAUAUAUCAAAAGCGCUCAAGAACUUUCUGGAGAAAAAUAAGUAAGUGAGAGAUGCAAAGGGUAAGAUUGUCUGAAUUGUGGAAAGGUAUAUCAUAAAAUCUCUUUAUUAAUACCAAGCAGAUGCAAGAAGCAUUACGUGAGCAAUUCCACGCACUCUCUUAGACACAAUCAUCAGAGCUGGAUAAAUGGCAAUCCAGAUAGGAUUUUAAGCAGAAAAGUUCAAAGCCUCAAGGAAGCCGCUCACCAACCUUCGUCUAUUGGGCGACUAAUGCCUCUUGGCAAACUGUGUGCAGAGGGGUCUCGACAAUCGCCUCCGAGUCAAAGUUAAGCGAGAGUCGACACGGAGCACAAGGGGACGACAAAAAAGCUGGGGAAAGACAGCUAGACCACGCCAGGGCUGACAAGAAAACGCAAAGACAACGCCACCGCUUUGGCACGAAAGCGACAGAUAAUUGUUAUAACUGACAGGAAUAAAGCCACAUAAUUUGUAGCAGGAACUAAGAACAGACAAUAUUAUCCAAAACAGAGGAAAAUACGGAAACAACAAAUUAAAGAGAACAUUCAAAACAAUUGGUCCUGGAAAAUAAAAGAAAAAAAACAAGAAACACGAAAUUGUGGGAGAUCGAAUCAGCAUUAUGUCGAGUAACGUUUCUAAUCUUUGCGUGGGCUACAGCAACAUUGAGACUCCGUCGUCGAUCGAAAUUGCAAUCAAAUUGCUUGCUUAUAACGUUGUUUUCAUCGUAGCUUUUUUCGGUAAUAUUUUAGCGAUCAGCGUGGUUCUAAGCAACGUCCAUCUUAAAACAACGACCAACGUGUUCAUCUUGAACCUUGCAAUCAGCGAUUUAUUGAUCGCAAUCGUAUGUAUGCCAUCGAGUAUGCACAGCAUUGUCGCACACAGCAGACAAACCAGUGAAGUGAGCGGGAUAUUUGGUGCAUUCCUGUGCAAAUUGCACCAGUUUCUACAAGGGAUCUCUAUAACCUCCUCCAUACUGACUGUUGCAUGCAUCGGUUGUGACCGCUUCCUUGCAAUUGUCUACCCGUUUAAGAAUAUUAUUACGUUACCCAUCUCGAAGAUUAUUGUGGCUCUCGUCUGGUUCGCUAGCAUUGCUUGUAUAUCUCCAUUGCUCUACGCUUUGAAAUUUCACGAUGCGGGAAAUGAAUCUUACUGCUACGAAAAAUGGGAACCGCUUUUUGACACGCAUAAGGCUUCAGUACACUAUACGCUGUUUUUAUUCGUGGUGCAGUACGCUGCGCCGUUACUACUGAUAACAGUUUUGUACUCCACGCUUAUCAAGGACUUAUGGCAAAGCAGCAGAACGCACUCAGACCGCAAACGUGCGUACAAAGAAAACAAAGCAGUCCUGAAGAUGCUUGUGACCAUUAUACUGACAUUCGCGAUCUUCUGGCUCCCCAUGCACGUGGUGAUGUUUGUGUCAAUCUAUACCACCGAUCCCGUGAUCAACGCCUGCGGUCCGAAGGCAGCGGUAGUAUUCCUUGGUUGGUUCUUGGGGCAUGCUCACUCAGCCUGCAACCCAACGAUCUAUUUUACAUUCAACGAGAAGUUUCGCAUUGAAAUAAGAAAAUUGAUGGCGAAAGUAAAAAGUUGGUUUGUGUCGGCUCGACAGCAAUUGUCAGUUGACGACGAGACAACUCGACAAACGGCAGUGUCGUUCGAUCUCAAAAGGGUGAGCUUUACGUCACUCAGGAGCAACGGCAAAUUCAACCCUGCCGUCGAGCUUAAGGAUGAGGAUAAACAAGAAAAUGGCCAACAGAGGCAGCGAAUCUCAUUGGGCGAGAGUGAGCACGUGACAGCGGCAACAAUCCCAUUGGCUCCUUCUGAUCACGUCAGACUUGAAGUAGAAAAAAGCGGUCACGUGAUUAUAUAAGUUUAUCAUAUAAUCAUAAUAAUUGUCACUCAGAUGGAGGAACUAUAAACUUGAAACAAUAAACUGUGGUUCAAAACAUCAAGGCAAUUUGGAAAACAAGAACAUUAUAGUCACAGGUUUGCUGAGAAACUAUUGUACAUAUCAACGAUAGCUCAGUAAAUCAAGCGCAUUGCGUGACUGAACCCAGAACAAUUUGCGUGACAGAGGUCGAAGUGGUUGUAGCGUGACAGAAGUCUAUAGUGUUUAGCGUGAUAGAGUUGAAACGCUUUGCGUGACAAAGAUCAGAGUUCGCUCCAAAUGCAGCAAAUUAGAGGAUGGACAUUCUAAUUUUCCCCUUCAAAAUAAGAAUAAGCCACAAUCGGCGUCAAGUGUGAAUCCGGAAGCCAUGUUACUGAAAAUGCAUUUUGGUUAAUUCAAUUAUCUAUUAAGCAAGAACAAUUGAAGUAAAGCGCCUGUAUAGGAAUGGGCUGUAUAUGAAUGCCUCACUUUGCAUCCCCUACACGCGGCUAGAUGACAUACAAUAUAACAAAUACUUAAGAAACUGUGAUAAGAAGUGCAAAGCGUAACGGACACGGGACUUCAUAAACUGUGCACUGUGCAUGCUUAAAUAACCGGAAGGAGAAGAAUGAAGGAGAACAGCUCCAUUAUUCUACAUCGUUUCUCGAGGCGAGAUUGCAUAUAUUAUGCUAUUGCGCACAACCAAGUAACGCCGAGUAAAAGAACUUAGUUUACCUAAUAAAGGACACACGUGACCUCAUGAGCUGUACACACGUGACCUCAUGAGCUGUAUACACGUGACCUCGUGAGCGAUACACACGUGACCUCAUGAACUGUACACGCGUGACCUCAUGAGCUGUAUACACGUGACCUCGUGAGCUGUACACACGUGACCUCAUAAGCUGUACACACGUGACCUCAUGAGCUGUACACACAUGACCUCAUGAGCUGUACACACGUGAUCUCAUGAGCUGUACACACGUGACCUCGUGAGCUGUACACACGUGACCUCAUGAGCUGUAUACACGUGAUCUCAUGAGCUGUACACACGUGACCUCAUGAGCUGUACACACGUGACCUCGUGAGCUGUACACACGUGACCUCGUGAGCUGUACACACGUGACCUCAUGAGCUGUACACACUAUCCACAAUGUCAAAAAUACAAGGAAUUGACCAAUGGUUCUGUAUCGUGCGCCAUAAUAGUUCGAGGCCUGCUGAGGCUAUGUGUAAACAUGGGCACACAGUCUACUCAUACGGGCAAUAUGCAUCUACUCACUGCUGUAAUCAAAAUGUAACAACUGGCGCUAGAGAUCUAACAGCGUGGGUUGUUGUAUAUUGUUUGUCGCUGAUAAUCUGAGAUUUUCUAAAGCUCUACGUCUGGUGUACACUGUUUUAGCUUGGGUUUGUGUUCUGAUAAGAGAAACCACGCCGUAUAGUUUUGACGAGAGGGGACUUAUAAAUGGAAUUGUAUAACGAUGAAGGGAGGGGCUAAACAACAUUUGCGCUGCCCCGAUAGUUUCUGUAAGCUAAGCUUCUAGACAUAACUCUAUAUUUUGUCUUGAAAGUGGUUGUAUUACUUUAAAUGACACGAGCUGUAAAAUAAAAUUAUGCGCAUUGUUCGAUGAUAAUGAAUAUUUUCAACGUCGAAAUUUUAAGAUCCUACUAUAAGAUCGAAUAUCAACUAGCUGAAGAAAAAGAACUAGAACAAAUUCACAUCAUGAAAUGUGAGCCUCUCAUUGGGUUACUAGAGUGAACUAAAUUUCCUUACUUCUGGGCUAGGUCUCGGUGGGGAGCACACCUUAUCAUUUGUCUUAUUAUGUAUCUUGUGUUGUGUGUAUCAGUUCUCGGCGUGUUUAUGAAAAAACGAAUUUUAAAAAUAAACAUUGUAAACAUCCUUAUUUGUUUCAAUAAUAAUAAUAA